GGCCGCUCUCGGCGGAGCCGCUGCGCUGCUGUUGCUGUGGGUUUGAUUGACAGGAAACAUGUCGGUGUGGCGCGGCCGAACCGGGAUGCUGCUGCUGCCAGGGGAGACACGGAGGAUCCAGACCCCACAUCAGCACCUUUAAAGGGUUUCCCUCGUUUUCAACCCGUCUGAGGAUGAGGCGCUGAGCAGCAUCCUCUUUUUUUUUUUUUUUUUUAAUCUUUCUUUUUUUAUUUAUUUAUUUUCUUCCUUUUAUCGGAGAGAGGCAGGAGCACCGGAUGGAUGCUGAGGCAAACCGUGUCGUCCCGCUCGGUGUCUCCAUCACAUCUGGGUUGAUUUAGUCCAGAGACACCUGGAUGAUCCAGCAUCUAUAGGAGGACUGGUUUCAAUGGAGUCACGGCUCAAACCCUGAUUCUGAAAAAAAAAAAAAAAAAAAAAGCCACAACAUUCAUGGCGUUUUGCAGGUUGCACACCGUGGGCUCCUCCACGUUCCUUUUUAUAAAUUAAUCUCUUUCCCCCUCCCCUUUUAUUUGGAUUUUUUUUUAAAUAAUUUAUUUUACAAGUGCAAAGGGAAAAACAAGGUCCACUGGUCGCCAAACUAUGAACGAGGAGAUGACAAAAAGCGAGGAGCAGCGUCUGAGUUUGCAGAAAGCCUUGCAGCAGUGCGAGUUGGUGCAGAACAUGAUCGACAUAAGCAUUUCCAGUUUGGAGGGUUUACGGACCAAAUGUGCCACAUCCAACGACUUGACACAAAAAGAGAUACGAACGCUGGAGGGGAAGUUGGUGAAGUACUUCAGCCGCCAGCUGUCCUGUAAGUGUAAAGUGGCCUUAGAGGAGCGCAGUGCCGAGCUGGAAGACUUCCCUCGCCUCCACCACUGGUUCCGCAUCGUCAAUCUGAGGAAGGAGGUCACAGAGGAGAUGAGCGCGGUCCAGGUGACUCUGGAGGGCCUGCUGGAGAUGAGCGAUGUGCAGGUGUGUGAGCUGCUGCAGAAGUUCGGGGCCAGUGAGGAUGAAUGUGCCCGACUCAAUGCUUCCCUGUCCUGCCUCAGAAAGGCCCACCAGCUCGAACAACUUGAGGAGGAUAAAUUGCACAGUAACGGAGGGAGCCAAACAAAACAGGACUGGUCCAUCCCAUGGCCCACCUCUGAAUCUGGUAAAGAAAACACCCCGGUGUGCCAGCCAGAGCCCAGUCAGUGGAUUCGUUUCCAGCUCUCCCAAAGCCCCCAAGUCCAAUCCAAAUACAACCAGCACAUGUGCCACAGUCCCCAGGCCUUGCCCCCCCCAUUGUACGCUGAUAGACUUACUGUUGAAAGCCCAGCCACGGGACUCUUCCCAUCCUUGGACUUGGGCCAUCGCUCACUGCCCCCAUCACCUCGCCAAAGGCAUUUUGGCCACACGCCUCCUCGGACUCCUUUGGUGGUCAACACCAUGACGCCGCCUGGCACUCCCCCCAUGCGACGAAGAAACAAGGUGAAGGCCCCCGGAACGCCACCUCCACCAAGCCGCAAGCUCAUCUACCUGCUGCCUGGCUUCACCACACUGCACCGCAGCAAAUCCCACGAGUUUCAGCUGGGGAACCGCAUGGAAGAAACGCAGACACCAAAAGCCAAGAAGAAGACAAAACCCUUGAACCUUAAGAUCCACAGCAGUGUGGGGAGCUGUGAGAACCUGCCCACGCAGCGGUCGCCCCUUCACUCUGAGCGAUCUUUACGGUCCUUCUUCUUCCCCUCUUUCAUCCCUUCGACACCUCCUGUUCACGCCGAAACACCCUCUGCAAACACUCUUUCAGUGCCUCGCUGGUCCCCGCAGAUUCCCCGAAGAGAUCUGGGAAACUCAAUAAAACACAGGUUUUCCACCAAAUACUGGAUGUCCCAGACAUGCAUAGUAUGUGGAAAGGGAAUGUUGUUUGGACUAAAAUGUAAAAACUGCAAGCUGAAGUGCCACAACAAAUGCACCAAAGAAGCCCCACCUUGCCAUUUACUGAUCAUACAGCGAGGCGGUCGAGAAUCAUUCAAAGAUAACCAAGGAACGACUCAAGUAGCUCGUCUGGUACGGACUGAAUCAGUGCCAUGUGACAUCAACAACCCGCUCAGGUACACAGACCUGCACAUCAGUCAGACGCUCCCCAAAACCAACAAAAUCAACAAGGAUCACAUCCCAGUUCCAUACCAGCCAGACUCCAGCAGUAACCCAUCGUCCACCACCUCCUCCACUCCGUCCUCCCCAGCUCCUCCCUUGCCCAGCAGCGCCACCCCCCCUUCACCACUGCAUCCCUCCCCACAGUCAGCGCGGCAACAAAAACAGUUCAACCUGACAGCCUCCAGUUAUUUUAAAUACAAACAACAGUUCAUUUUUCCUGAUGUUACUCCAGAGGCGCCUCCCAGCAGAGCACCGCAGGUCAUUCUGCACCCGGUCCUUUCUGAACCCGGGAAUGAGGGAAACCCUUUACUUCAAAUCGAAGUGGAACCUACAUCUGACAAUGAAGAUGGCAACAAUGAGGACUCUGGUGAUGAGUUUGAGGAGAUGAAUUUGUCGCUCCUCUCAGCUCGCAACUUCCCACGCAAAGCCAGCCAGACCAGCAUCUUCCUGCAGGAGUGGGACAUCCCCUUUGAGCAGCUGGAGAUCGGAGAGAUGAUCGGCAAAGGGCGCUUUGGCAAAGUGUUCCACGGACGAUGGCACGGAGAGGUCGCCAUCCGUCUGAUCGACAUCGAGCGUGACAACGAGGAUCAGCUGAAGGCCUUCAAACGGGAGGUCAUGGCCUACCGCAACACUCGCCACGAGAAUGUGGUUUUGUUUAUGGGGGUGUGCAUGAGUCCGCCACAUCUGGCCAUCAUCACCAGCUUGUGUAAAGGCAGGACACUUUACUCUGUGGUGCGGGAUCCCAAGGUUGUCCUGGAUGUUAACAAGACACGACAGAUUGCACAAGAGAUGGUGAAGGGGAUGGGUUACCUCCACGCUAAGGGGAUUUUACACAAAGACAUGAAGUCCAAGAACGUGUUUUAUGACAACGGCAAAAUCAUCAUCACUGACUUUGGACUUUUUACCAUAUCAGGAGUUCUGCAGGCUGGAAGCCGAAGAGAAGACAAACUGAGAAUCCCCAACGGCUGGCUGUGUCACCUGGCCCCAGAAAUAAUCCAGCAGCUUUCUCCGGACACAGAGGAGGACAAGCUUCCUUUCUCCAAACAGUCAGAUGUCUUUGCUUUUGGGACCAUCUGGUACGAGCUACAUGCACGUGAGUGGCCUUAUAAGAAUCAGCCUGCAGAGGUGAUUAUUUGGCAGAUCGGCAGUGGAAUGAAGCCCAACCUUGCCCAAACUGGCAUGGGGAAGGAGAUACUGGACAUUUUGCUAAUGUGCUGGACGAACAAGCAGGAAGAGCGACCCAGUUUCUCCAAGCUGGUAGAUUUGCUGGAAAAGUUGCCAAAAAGGAAUCGCCGCCUUUCCCACCCAGGCCACUUCUGGAAGUCAGCUGAGUAUGUCAAAUGAGUUAGGGCCAUAAAAAAGCCAAACAAAAAACACAAGAAUCCAUAAAAAGCAGCCGCCAUCAUCCCACAUAAAC